AUGGCUGUCCUGACAAAAGUCUUCGUUUCCGUUCUGCUAGCCAUGAGCCAGGGAACUGCGAUGGCCGCAGCAAUCCAAGCUCCCGAGAUUCAAGCAGUUCCCGAGAAGUCAUCCAUUCAGGUACCUACUUCGGUUCAUCAUGUCCAUUCGGUUACUUACAGCGUCGUCGAUAUCUCUGGCCCUGCGAGCUCUGGCGCCUCCUUGUCCACUGUGCACUUGGGUUCAUCUGACCAAAUUCAGGUUGCUCAGGGAGUUACUCUUACCACCACUGCUUCGUCUGAAUCACAUUCUCGUCCCCUGAUUUAUGCCCGAGACGACAAGAAUCAAUCAUCCCAAUCAUCCCAGGUCACACCACAUGGCUAUGGCCCUAUCCAGACUGCCACUCCUGUGGACAUUUCCAGUUUCGUAAAACUAGGACGCUCAGGUGUAGACCAGGACAGUGAUGAUAUCAAGGUAUUCCGACGAGACGACUAUGAUGGCUACGGAUAUGGCUCUGGUCCCGGCUCAACUCCCACAAUAGACGGUGGAUAUGGUAGCCCAAGUGAGCCGACUGCUCUGCCUCCUGGCGGAUACGGCGACCCAGCUCCCCCGGCAGUCGAGAAGCCAACCAUUGUCACGGUGCCUGACCCAGUUACUGUGAUUGUCACUCUGAGCAUCCCUACAACUUCAUCCACCUUCGAAAUCACCUCCACGGUCAUUCCAUCAGUUGUAACUGUUACUGUCACAAGCACACCAGUUCCACAGGCGGUUGUGCACAAUGCGACACAAACUGUCAUGGUUUCCAAGUCAACAACGCUCCAUCCUUCCAUCGUCACAGUUUACACCACGUCGACCAAUGCCCAGCAGUCAGUCACGCCCACCGAGAAAUCAGUUACUACCCCUAGCACUGAAGGAUAUGUCUAUACAACAGUUACCAGUGGGUCCUCUGUAUCACAUACAAGCUCCAACACCGUUGUGAUAAUGCAGACACCGACUGGACAUGCUCCACCAAAGCCAAUUACGGACACAAAUGAUGGUGAUUCUAACCUUAAGAUGAACCUACAUCUCUUGGUCAUGGCUGCUAUAUUUGCGACGAUGGGGCCCUCGAUGUCUCAUCUGGUCUCCGGAACCGCGUUGCUCAUGCAUUCGAACUAUCUUGAAGAUCUCCGAAAUGCUAAAGCAGCUAAGGAGGCCGAGAACUCUACUGGAAGUAGCAGUGAUGGCAAGGAGAAGAAGCCAGAGGUAGAUGAGUCGCCCAAUGGACAUGAAGGCCCAGAGUCCGCUAUACAUGAAUGUUGUUGCCACCAAGCUCCUAAGAACGUCACGCCAAUCGAAUCGAAAGCGACAGACAAGAAAGAGAAACCGUUCUCCCUAAUCUCUAGUCUUAUAUACAGUCAAAAGCUACCGACGAGCCAAUGGAAGCUUGGUUGGUCAGAGAACCGCCAUGUUGUCAAGGUAAACCAGAAGUUGGACCAGUUCCCCUUGGGGCUGCGAUUCAAACAAGCCCCCCAGGCACAGAUUUCACCUCAGGGCAUUUCCCAUGAUGGAAAAUACUGA